AGCUGUGGAGAUCACGUGACUCUCUGCUCCAUUGUGAUCACGUGACGCGUUUUGUUGACGGUUGUCGCUGCAUCUCUCACGAUGAAUCCACGGACUGCUGCUGCUGCUGCAAUGUCAUCGCCUCGCUAACAGCAGGACAGCACACCGGAGAGGGUUAAAUAAAGACACCGGGAGGCUGCAGACGUCCAGCUAACAACAGCCGAGCCUCGACAGCGAUGUGAUGUGACAGAAGAGUGAUGAAUCUGUCGGUUUAACGCAGAAAAAGGAGGAAUUGUCUUCACCUCGAUAGGAAGAGGAGACCGAAACCUGCCGAAACCUGCUCUUUUUGAGCCACUGUAGAAGGCUGACUCAAGAUGGCUAUUGCGCGACAAUUUGGACUACUGCUGUGGAAAAACUAUCUUCAGCAGAAACGUCAAAUCCUGGUAACUCUGGUGGAGAUCCUCCUGCCCCUGCUCUUCUCCGGCAUCCUCAUCGUGCUCCGUCAGAAGGUGCCUUUUAAGGACUACCCGAACGCCACGGUCUACGAGAGCUACGCUGUUGACGCGCUACCCAAAGGGAUCUCGCAUCGUUUUCAGCUGGCCCACGUGCCCAGUAACUCCAGUGUGGUGCGUCAGGUGGCAGAGGAUGUGCGAAGCAGCCUGGGCCUCUCCUCAGUGCCGCGUGGCUUUGAGACAGAGGAGCAGUUUGAGGACUACGUGAGAAAUGACCCUCUGUCGGGAAAGCUGCUGGCUGCCGUGGUGUUUGAGCACCCCUUCACCCACGAUGAUGAACCCCUGCCCGUAAAGGUGAGCUACCAUCUGCGUUUCAGCUUCACCCCACGCAAGGCCCCGCCCAAGGAGAGGUCGGAGCUGAACCCCAACAGUGACCUGGACUGGCACACGCUCAGCCUCUACCCCCUCUUUCAGCUGCCAGGGCCGAGGGAGCAGUAUGACAAGGAGGGGGGCACGCCUGGUUAUUUCCGAGAGGGAUUCCUGGCUGUGCAGCAUGCGGUGGACAAAGCCAUCAUGCGCUCUUACAACAGAACGUCCGCCGCCUUUCUGCUGUCACAAACCAGAGUGGUCCUGUCGCGGUUUCCUUUUCCUGCCUUUAUAUACGACGUCUUCAUCCUGGCCAUUCAGAAUCAACUGCCCCUGCUGCUGGUGCUCAGCUUCACCUACACCUCCCUCAACAUAGUACGAGCCGUGGUGCAGGAGAAGGAGAGGAAGCUCAAGGAGUACAUGAGGAUGAUGGGUCUCAGCAACUGGCUCCACUGGAGCGCCUGGUUCCUCAUGUUCUUCCUCUUCCUCUCCCUUUCAAUCUUUUUUGUCACUCUGCUCCUUUGUAUCCAGGUGAGCCCUUAUGGAGCAGUGCUGUCCUACAGCGACCCCACGCUGGUCUUUGUCUUCCUGCUCGUCUUCACUGUGGCCACCAUCAACUUCAGCUUCAUGAUCAGUGCCUUCUUCUCACGAGCAAAUGUGGCGGCAGCAGCGGGCGGCUUCAUCUAUUUCAUGAGCUACCUGCCUUAUUUGUUCCUGUGGCCACGCUACGACCUGCUGACCCAUGCCCAGAAGGUGUCGGCCUGCCUCAUCUCCAACGUGGCCAUGGCCAUGGGAGCUCAGCUCAUAGGAAUGUUUGAAGGCAAAGGAACGGGAAUCCAGUGGUCCAACAUGUUUGACUCUGUGACGGUGGACGAUGACUUCUCCAUGGCCCAGGUGUUGGGCUUGCUGCUGUUUGACUCGGUGCUCUACGGGUUGGUGGCCUGGUACAUGGAGGCAGUGUUUCCUGGAGAGUACGGAGUGCCUCUACCGUGGUACUUCUUCGUCCUGCCUUCAUACUGGUGCAGCAGCCCCCGCAUGGCUUUGGUGAAUGAGAAGGAGGAAGAGGAUGCAGAGAAGGCUCUGAAAGGGGAGUUUAUGGAGGAGGAGCCAGCUGGACUAGUCUCCGGGAUCAAGAUUAAACACCUCGCUAAGGAAUUCAAAGUGGGCAACAAGACGCGGCAGGCUGUGCGGGAUCUCACGGUGAACAUGUUUGAGGGACAGAUCACGGUGCUGCUAGGACACAACGGUGCUGGGAAGACCACGACGCUGUCCAUGCUGACAGGGCUGUAUCCUCCCACCAGUGGCAGGGCCUACAUUAACGGUUACGACAUCUGUCAGGACAUGGCUCUUAUCCGCCGCAGUCUGGGACUCUGUCCCCAGCAUGACGUACUGUUUGAUAACCUCACUGUCAGGGAGCACCUGCUCUUCUACGCACAGCUGAAAGGCUUCUCCAAAGACAAGAUUCCAGAUGAGGUCGACCGGAUCAUCCGUAUCCUGAACCUUGAGGACAAGCGACAGGCUCGCUCCAAGACCCUCUCUGGUGGCAUGAAGAGAAAACUCUCUAUUGGCAUCGCCCUCAUCGGAGACUCCAAGGUGGUGAUGUUAGAUGAACCCACAUCAGGUAUGGACCCGUCGGCUCGACGUGCCACCUGGGACCUUCUGCAAGGGGAGAAGCGCGGUCGCACCAUCCUGCUCACCACGCACUUCAUGGACGAGGCCGACCUGCUCGGCGACCGCAUCGCCAUCAUGGCAGGAGGAGAGCUGCAGUGCAGCGGGUCACCACUCUUCCUUAAGAACAAAUAUGGUGCUGGCUACCACAUGGUGAUAGUGAAGGACGCUCUUUGUAACGUGUCCGAGAUCACCCGCCUCGUCCACAUGUAUGUUCCUAAUGCCACGCUGGAGAGCAGCGCGGGAGCCGAGCUCUCUUACAUCCUGCCCAAAGAAAGCACCAGCAGGUUUGAGCUGCUGUUUGCGGAGCUGGAGAUGAACAGAGAUGAGCUGGGCAUCGCCAGCUACGGAGCUUCAGUCACCACCAUGGAAGAGGUUUUCCUCAGAGUGGGGAAGUUGGUGGAUUCUAGUUUGGACAUCCAGGCAAUCCAGCUGCCCGCCCUGCAGUACCAACACGAGAGACGCUCCAACGACUGGACCACAGACGACGCCAGCAGCAUCAGCGGCAUGACCGACGUCACUGACUUCACCGACAGCGGCACGCUCAUCUCGGAGGACUGCUCCAACAUCAAGCUGAACACCGGGGCCAAACUACACCUGCAACAGUUCUACGCCAUGUUCCUGAAGAGGGCGCUGUACAGCUGGAGGAACUGGAAGGUGAUGGUGGCUCAGUUCCUCGUCCCUUUGGUCUUCACCGUGGUGGCCUUAGUUGUGGCACGCAGCUUUCCCAAUCACCAGGACGCUCCUCAGCUGAGGCUGGCACUCAGCCGCUAUGGUUCCACCCGUGUCCCCGUGGCUCUGAAGCCGGGGGUGGGUCCCCUCGCCUCCGCCCUGGCGAACACAUACAACUCACAGCUCUCCGCCCAGCUUGGCCAGUUCGUCAACGUCACGGACUUCACUGAUUACAUCCUGACUCAGGCCGAGGAGGAAGGUGGCAGCUUUAAUGAGCGCUGCGUGGUGGGCGCUGCUUUCCGUGGCAGGAGCAGCCACUUCGCAGAGGCAACGGCCUACUUCAACAACGAGGGCUACCACACACCCGCCACGGCCCUCAUGAUGGUGGACAACGCUCUGUUCAAACUGCUAGCGGGGCCGAACGCUUCCAUCCAGACGGGCAAUUACCCGAUGCCACGCAACCUGUCUGAGACUGCCCACAGCCAGCUCACAGAGGGAAAGACGGGCUUCAUCAUCGCCAUCAACCUGAUGUACGGAAUGGCCUCCCUGUCCAGCACAUUUGCCCUGCUGCUCGUAACGGAGUCCUCUAUCAAGUCCAAGCAUGUGCAGAAGGUCAGCGGCGUCUACCUGUCAAACUUCUGGUUUUCUGCUCUGCUGUGGGACCUGGUCAACUUCCUGAUGCCCUGUCUCCUCAUGCUGGUGGUGUUUCAGGCAUUCGGAGUCAAGGCCUUCGUAGACAAUAACCACCUGGUGGAUGUGUUGUUGUUACUGCUGCUGUAUGGCUGGGCUGUUAUACCUCUUAUGUACCUGCUCAGCUUCCUCUUCUCCACCGCCGCUACUGCCUACACACGCCUCACCAUCUUCAACAUGAUCUCUGGCACGGCCACCUUUCUGGCUGUCACCAUCAUGACCAUACCAGAGUUGAACCUGCAGCACCUGUCGCGCUUACUGGAUAAGGUGUUCCUGAUCUUCCCAAACUACUGCCUGGGCAUGUCCUUCAGCCAGUUCUACCAGAACUACGAAUUCAUCUCGUUUUGCACCUCCAGUCCAAUCAGCGUGGAAGUGUGCAAGUACUUAAACAUCACAUACCAGACAAACUACUUCUCGAUGUCGGAGCCUGGCGUGGGACGCUUCCUCGUGGCCUUCUCCUUGCAGGGCGUUGUUUUCAUCAUUCUGCUGUUUGUCAUCGAGCUGCAGUGUGUCCACACUCUCCGGCGACUCCUCUCCACCCUGGGCAGAAGACGUAAACAGUUACCUCUAAUAGAGGAUGCAGCGCUGCUUCCAGAGGACCGGGAUGUGGCUGAAGAGAGGAAGAGGGUCCUGGAGUGCCAGCCGAUAGUCGAGUCUAUGGUUGGCAGCCCACUCAUAUUGCAGGAACUCAGCAAGGUGUACAGCUGCGGGGAGAAUCUCCUGGCUGUGGACAGGCUGUCUUUAGCUGUAGGGAAAGGGGAGUGUUUCGGCCUCCUGGGCUUCAACGGAGCAGGCAAAACCACAACCUUUAAGAUGCUGACAUGUGAUGAGACAGUUACCUCCGGGGACGCCUACAUUGACGGAUACAGCAUCUUGAGGGACGUUAAAAAGGUGCAGCAGCGCAUUGGUUACUGCCCGCAGUUUGACGCCGUGUUGGACCACAUGACAGGAAGAGAGACUCUGAGUAUGUACGCCAGACUCAGAGGAAUACCAGAGAGGUAUGUGUCUGGCUGCGUGGAGAAUGUCCUGAGGUCGCUGCUGCUGGAGCCUCAUGCUGAUAAACUGAUCCGCAGCUAUAGUGGCGGUAACAAGCGGAAGCUGAGUGCAGGCAUGGCUCUGAUCGGUGGGCCUCCGGUCAUCUUCCUGGAUGAGCCUUCGACCGGGAUGGACCCCGUGGCCAGGAGGCUGCUGUGGGACGCCGUCACACGCACACGGGAGUCUGGAAAGGCCAUAAUCAUCACUUCUCAUAGUAUGGAGGAGUGUGAGGCCCUGUGUACCCGGCUGGCAGUGAUGGUCAACGGUCAGUUCAAGUGCCUCGGGAGUCCCCAACACCUGAAGAGCAAGUUCGGCAGCGGCUACACGCUGCUGGCGAAAGUCCACAUAGAGGCCGAGCUGGAGGACAGUGACCUGCAGCUUUUUAAAGACUUCAUCGAAAGUACCUUCCCAGGAAGUCAACUAAAGGACGAGCACCAGGGAAUGGUGCACUAUCAUUUGACUGACAAAACACUAACCUGGGCCCAGGUGUUCGGCACUUUGGAGGCAGCCAAAGAGAAAUACCAGAUCGAAGACUACUGCGUGAGCCAGAUAUCACUGGAGCAGGUGUUCCUCAGCUUUGCCCAGUUCCAACACUGCACAGAGAGCGGGAGGAAGUAAGUGGAGCGAGGAAUCCGUCCAUCCAUUGUCCAUUCUCUACAGUGGCGUGUGUGUGUGUGUGUGAAGGACCUGUGUACACGGACUUGCCUCGGUUACACCGCAGGUGUGUACGCAGGCUGGAGCCGGUUUUAUCUCCAGCUCCGUUUUUACCAUGACCACCAAACAACACACACACACACACACACACACACACACUGGGCCAGUCGCAUCAACUUCAGCCUUUCUACUACUGUAUCACGUCGGUGUGUCUUUGUUGGGUCACUCAUGCCGUUGCUUUUGCUGUUGUUGUGUGAGACGAGGAGGUGUUGGGAUUAUGACGUGUGGGGUAUGAUGAUUAUACCAAGUAAUGAACUCUUGAGUACUGCACUAGUGAGGUCAAAGACAAUGACAUCCCUCAUUAGAUACUACCACUACUCUGAACUGUCUGUGUGACCGGGUUUAUUCAUGUGCACUUCUCUGCGUGUGUCUUUUUCUUUUUGUUAUUUAUGAUUUUUAUUGAUUAUGUUCCCGAGAGGAUUUGUGCUUUUCUUCUGUGAUCAUCACAAGAGAAUGAACCACUCCAUUUGAUACGUGUAUGAAAUCGUUGCACACCUUUGCGCCUUAUCUAACUAAUGAGGGUUCUUGUUUCUUUAUAUCGCCCUGUACGGACAAAAUGCCUGGUUAUCCUUAAAAGCCUCUUAAUGUCGUUGCCAGAUGUAAAUAAUGUGACGUGUUCAUGGUACUAAAACCACUUACUCAUUCAAGGGCCAGAGCAGAACAUUUACUCAUUUUAAAGGCACAUUAAUGAACGCAUGUAUACGAUACGAUUUGCAGACUGCAUGAUAUACUGGAAGAACGGAGAGCUGCUAGCGAUCCUUAUUGAGGAUUAAUCCGAAGAGAACAUUUAGUUCAGGCUGAGUACAUUUAAUAAUACGCCUCCAUUGUCCAGGGUCCUUGUGAACCAAUGUUUUCGGUUUUCCUGCCAAACAAGUUACAGCAACAGUGUGUGUGUCACCAUGUGGAUAUCCAGCCAUCACAGUUUACAUGGAAGCUUUUUUAGAGAGAAAUCAUCGCGUGACGCAGGAGAUUAUUUUCAAAUGUUGCAGAAAAACAGGAGGACUUCAAAUACUAAAAACAGCAAGACUGCAAUGACCUUUUUGUACUUUGUUUUUCUUGCUAUGCAUUUCACACGGUACACCUGUGUGUGUCUGUAUGUGUGUGUGAGAGGUACAGAGGCAACACAUGAUUCCUGAUUUCCUCCAGACCACACAGAAACAGUGCUAAUAGUCAAGUUAAAUAUUAAAAUCAAGAGAUUGUUUUUUGCGCAGUGGACGAACUUUACUGCUGUGUCAUCUUUAGUGUAGAGCUGCUCCUUCAGGGAACGCCAGGAAAUGCAAUAAAAAGGCCCAACAAUGGUGUAUAGAUGGUUAAAAAACUUCCUCUGCGUACAAAUAGAUGCCUUGUUCUGAGGAAGAAUGAACAGCGCAAUGUUUGUUCCUCUGUCAUUUGGAUGUGCUACCAUGAACCUCAUUUCAGAGCGUGCCCGAUAUAACACUGUCUCAAAGCCUUGUUUGUACUUUCAAAAAGAUGUACGUGUUCUGUAGGAAUAUUGGGAAUAAGUUUCAAAAACAAAUUCCCGCACAUCGAUGGGAAAUUCUCAGUUUCCUGCUUUUCAUCCACGUUAAAGAUCGAUCUUUAUAAUCCGGGAUGAAUCAUGUUAACUCGAGUGUACAAAUGACAUUCCUACUCUGGAAAAAAAUCACUCACAGAAGUGAGAUGAAUGUAUUUUACUGUCUUACGCGAAAGCAAAAAGCACUCACAGUAAUCGACUUUACUAACAGCUUCAUAUGAUUUCCAACGCUGUCUCCACGUCACCAGAUGUGGGAGAAGAAAAAGUAAGAGACUGACAUUCCAGAAAGACAUUUAAUUUUGACUUUUGUUACAUUUGUUUGUGUAUUUGCACAAUUUAUUUGUCUCAUUUACAUGUACGACUUGAAUCAAAUGCGAUGUUAGAUACGUAGUUUGAGGAGGAAUGGAAAGGUUCGCGCUGCUGAUAUUGAAGGAUUGAGUUAUGCUGAAAUAUGAUAUUUAAAAAAAAAAGGGAAUUUACAUCAUUGUAAGUGUGUACUGUACUGUACCAAGAAACUGACCUUGUCAACUGUAUAUGUAUCGCUAUUCUUUUUAAAUUAAAUAAUGCUCUAUGCAAAUGGUAGCAAACACCA